UCGUUAAUUGAUUACUAAUAAAUACAAUAGUGGGCUUAUUAUUGGGCCUUGAAGGCCCGCUUGGUGAAUGAUCAUUCAUGUUGGAAUGUAAACGAUUUCCCUCCCUCGGCGAGAAGAAUGGAGAAGGAGAAGAAGCAGAGAGUUAAGAGAAAAAGGAAUGAGAAACCCUCGGCGCGUGACCUUCACGGCCCUCGUUCCUCAGAUAGCAAUGCCAUCUUCGCUUUGUUGCUCGCAGCUCUCUCCAAAAGAACCCACUCUGUUAUCCUCAUCAACAAAUGCUUAUUCAAACUUCGCCGUUCCCUUCUUCUCUCGCCAACCUCCAUGACGCCCAUGCUGGCGUUGCUCCCAACCCUACUCCGCUCCAAGCGCGCCGAAAUCGCAUGCCGCACUGCGGACGUCAUCGGCGCCGCCUCGCUCGUUUCCUUCGAUGCCAACGAGGAAAUCGCUUCCGAUUCUGAAACCGUCGAGGGAUUAGUCUCGCUGUUAGAGAGUCGCAAGAGAAAGGUUCUGUUAUCUGUCUGCAAUGCCGUUUUGGACUUUUCUGCUACCACCUUCGCCCGACGACAAAUGCUCAAGUUUUUUGCCCUGAACAAGCUGAUGUUUGUGUUUCUUCAGAUUUUCAAGGGUUUGGAAUUUGUGUGUUUAUGGUCUGACUCUGAGGGUGAUCAAAGUCCUCACUCUCUUAAGAUUGGGAUUAAGGAAGAUGAACUCUCAUUGGCUUUUCUCACUGCGACUGUUGUUCUUAUCAAUGCCUGUGAAGUUGAUCAGCUACAGAAUGUCCCACCAAGUCUUUCUGAAGCGUUCCUGAACGUUUUGAGAGAUAUAAGGGCGAGAGUAAGUGAAGAAGAGGUGAUCAAAGGUGCCAGGAAAUGUAAUGAAGAAGGGCGUUUUUGUAAAAGCAAUAUUGCGGUUAGUAAUCUUGCAGAAGGCAUCUUUAGGCUUUCCAUUAAUGCUUCUCAACUCACUGGCUCUCUGCCAUUUGAAGUGGUUCAAAGAGGUCUUUUUGGUGAGAGUGAUACUGGUUUUGGUGAUUUUAUAUCAAAUUACUGGGAGGUUUCGCCUUUUCUUCUAACAAGGAUCGUGAAGGAUCCAGAUAUGCAUGAUAUGUUUGGUGCAUUUAUGCAGUCUUUGAACUGGAAUGGCAGUGUUCCUUCCCUUAUUUCAUCAAUUCUUCAAGGUCUAGUGGCUUGUUUUCCUAUUGCCUCAGAUGAACAAAACAUACUCAAUUUUCUGAAUGAGGUGAAAGGUAGAUUGGGUUGUCCUAUAAUCUACCAGCAGGAUAUACGAGUUGUAAAAACAGAGAGCCAAUCAAGCAAAGAGAUGCAUUACUUUCAGGACUUUCAUUCAUGCUGCGUUAAGGAACCUCUCUAUUUUACUUUUGAUGACAUCUUAAAGUGCAGGCAAGCUUAUAAAGAGGGUUAUUCUGUUGCCCUGCGUGGUCUGGAGUUUCGCUAUCAGAGCAUUGCAGCUAUUGCAGAUACAUUAGCACUUAUGUUUGGCCAACCUUCAGUAGGUGCCAAUUUGUACUUAACACCCCCUAAUUCUCAGGGCUUGGCUUGUCACUUUGAUGAUCACUGUGUAUUUGUAUGCCAGAUUUUCGGUUCCAAGCAGUGGACUAUAUUUUCUCCACCCGGUCAGCUGUUACCUCGCUUAUAUGAUAAUUUACUUGGUUCUGAUAUUGACUGUACAAAAGCUUGUAAAAGAGAGUUCUCUCUCAGGGAAGGUGAUGUAUUAUAUAUUCCCAGAGGUUUUCCUCAUGAAGCUUAUACAAACUCUGAUGAUGGGGAUGGUUAUCCUGGGUUCUCAUUGCACCUUACCCUUAGUAUUGAGGUUGAACCUCCUUUCGAGUGGGGAGGAGUAGCUCAUUUUGCGCUUCACUGCUGGAGUGAAAACCAGAAAAGACUAUGUUAUAAUGGCUCGAAUAUUUUGUCACAAAAACUUGAUCGUAUGUCUGUGAAUCUAUUACAUGUUGCCAUUGGGAUUAUUGGCAAUUCUGAUCCUAGCUUUAGGAAAGCAUGCUUGACUGCUGCAGUUUCCUUGCCACCAGUUGUUUAUGAUAGUCUUUUUGAGGGUCAGAGAAACACUUUUUUCUACAUAAUUGAUAAAGUUCGUACUGAAUCUAGAUUCAUGGAAGUGCUUAGUAGCAUAGAGAUUGCAAUUCAGAAAAAUGAAGAUCCAUUCCAGCAAAUCCAAUGGCUCUGGAUUCUUAGUAUGGAAACAGAGACCAGCGGUGAAUACAACAACAAUAAAUCUUUCAUGAUUGAAGAUCUACUUUCUUUGUGUGCCCAACAGAAGGAUAAAUUAGAAACUGCUUUUUUAAAUGUGAAGUCAAGGUUUUGUGGUGAGGUGGUAUUUGAAGAAGUUGUAACUAGUCACAGGAUGCUGCUUCAGAAGUAUAGAAAUACUAGAAAGCAGUAUAUUAAUGGAAUGGUUUCACUUCAUAAUAAAUUAUAAUACUUUUUUAUUUUUCUUUAA